CUUCUUGAACCCUACCACUCUUCGCCUGAAUUCCACACUCCUUCUGCUCCAGUUCCUUUCGGUCUCGACACCUCCGACUCUACCCCACUCGCCCUCAAGGCCAUCCUCGACUCUCGGAAGCUCGGCCAGCGCUACGAGUACCUCGUAAGCUGGCAAGGCCUCUCCGAAGACGAAAACGCCUGGAUUCCCCUUUCCGACUUCCCCACUACUUCCAACGAGCUCCUCGAGCGCUUCCAUCGCCGCCACCCUCGCGCUCCUCGACCUCCGCACGCUUUAUUCAACUCAACUGCACAUUCUAUUUCGCCGACUACUGAUACUUACAUUCCUUCGCAGCCUGCCUCGUCUACUCCGCCCGUCGCUCCCUCAUCCGCUCCGCCCGUCCCCUCCUCGUCGCACCCUGCCGCAUCCGCCGUCCCACACGCCGCUCCACGCCCGCGCUCUCCGCCGCCCGUCCGCGAAGACCCUCGCGUGUUCUACACGCCGCCGACGCAGACCACACUCCGCUCGGGGCGUGUGUCUCGUCCGCCGCCUCUUCCCGACGCGUGAUGCUCGGGUGUUGAGACCGAGAUCACACCUGCGUCGCGACGAGGUCGUGCGCUGUCGUACGCGGUGUCGCCGGUCUUCAGCCGGGUACCGUGCGCUCAGUGUCGCGCCGCGCGCGUCGAGUCUCGAGGCCGCCAGCCACUAGCUGGGGAUCGCGCUCGCAUGCGUCGCGCCCUCCCUUGAGGAGGAGGUAGUGUAACGGCGCGCUCGCGCGUUACACGAGUCCUCGGGUUUGGGCCUUCGGGCCACGGUCAUUCUAGAUAGUAACGGCUCGUAUUAGAUUACAUAAGCUUUCCCUUUUCGUACAUUAUAUCGCUCGUCCGUUCUUCGCUCUUCAGCCACCAUCGGGAGCCAUGCAGCUCGCCCUUCCGUACACUCCCGGACUCCGUAGCUACCCGCCUCGCGCCCAGCUUGUAACUCUCCGUCUGACCAACACCAGUACCCGCUGGCUUACCACUCUCUCGCUCGCCGCCUGUGCUCGCCUCGCCCGCCCUGCUUGCCCGCCGGCCGUUACACCAGGUUCGAGCGUAGCAGACUCGAGCAUCCGAGGCUUGAACGCUACCACCAUCUUCUGCGCUUUCGAGCUCUUGGACACAGCCUAGUGCUCGAUAUGCGACCUACACCACGCCUUCUCCGAGCCGCCGCGGCGGUUGCGCAGCGGCAGAACAGCGUCAGCUUCAUUGGGCUCGGGCGGAUGGGCUCUGAGAUGGCGUACAACCUCUUCGCGAGAACCUUGGUCGAGAGUAAUGGCGGAGCACGGUUCGUCGUCUGUGAUGCAAGGGAAGCGGUCGCCGAAGGAUUUGUGAAAAACUUCGUGACGCAGUUCCCGGGAGCACAGGUUCAAAUCGCGAGUACCCCUGCGCAAGCCUUGCAUGCAUCGCGCACAGUCGUGACCAUGCUUCCGUCCUCCCCACACGUGCGGAAUGUGUAUGUCGAAGAAGACGGCAUCAUCUCAGCGCUGCGUGCGCUCCCGCCCGAGAUUGCACAGUCCACUCUGUGUAUCGACUCGACCACUCUCGACGUGGAGGUUGCCCGCGAUGUUGCAGCGGAGGUCGAGCGUGCGGGUGCGGCCAUCGUCGACGCCCCCGUUUCCGGCGGUGUAACGGGAGCAAGGGCCGCGACGCUCAGUUUCCUCGUGGGCGGACCCGAGAAGGCGUUCAAGGUCGCGUACCCACAUCUGCUGAACAUGGGCAAGAACGUCAUCUACUGCGGGGACUCCGGCGCGGGGCUCGUGGCGAAGAUCUGCAACAACCUCAUUCUCGGGGUGCAGCAGAUCGUCGUCGCCGAGGGGAUGCUUCUUGGCCAGAGGCUGGGGCUGGAUCCGAAGGUUCUGGCUAGCGUCAUCAACAGCUCGACUGGAGCAUGCUGGGCCUCGUCUGUCAACAACCCCGCUCCGUCCGCGCUGCCGGAUAAGUCACCUCCGUGCGAGCGUGACUACGAGGGCGGGUUCGCCACCAGCCUCAUGUUGAAGGAUAUGGGAUUGGCGACGGACCUUGCAGAGUCUACAGGGAUCCCGCUACCGCUAGGAAACGCGGCGGAGAAGAUCUAUGCGGACGUGGUGAGCGAGGACCCAGAGCUGGCGAACAAGGACUUUUCAUCUGUGUACCGAUAUCUGCGGGUGUCGAAGCAUAUCUAGCGUAGCACCGCGCGCACCAUGUACAGUAGCAUAUAGGACGGAUGGACGGAGUGUGUGGACAA